CCUCGCCUCGCCCUGGGCCCUCACUCCACAUCUCCAGGGUGGAGACCCAGGUGGCCGAGGCGGGGGAAUGUGCUGGAAGGAGGCGACCUCGAAGCAGUGAGGCGGUGCUGAAGGGACAGUUCCCACCAGGAACCUUCCGCCCCCGGCCCGGGCAGCCCGGCCACGAGGCCGCGUCCUCCAGUCCCCGAGCUCGAGAGCCGGGCGGGCGCCAGCGGGAUGUGAGCCAUGGAGGCCAUCUGGAUCUACCAGUUCCGGCUGAUCGUGAUCGGCGACUCCACGGUGGGCAAGUCCUGCCUCCUGCACCGCUUCACGCAGGGCCGCUUCCCGGGGAUGCUGUCCCCAGCCUGCGACCCCACGGUUGGCGUGGACUUCUUCUCCCGCCUGCUGGAGAUCGAGCCCGGCAAGAGGAUCAAGCUGCAGCUAUGGGACACGGCCGGGCAGGAGAGGUUCAGAUCAAUAACUCGAUCUUAUUACCGCAACUCAGUUGGUGGAUUUCUGGUAUUUGACAUCACAAACCGGAGAUCUUUUGAACAUGUGCGAGAUUGGUUAGAAGAAGCCAAAAUGUAUGUGCAGCCAUUUCGGAUUGUAUUUCUAUUAGUGGGACAUAAAUGUGACCUUGUGUCACAGCGUCAAGUUUCAAGAGAAGAAGCUGAAAAAAUGUCAGCAGCCUGUGGUAUGAAGUAUAUAGAAACCUCAGCAAAAGAUGCUACAAAUGUUGAAGAAUCUUUCACAAUCCUGACAAGAGAUAUAUAUGAACUUAUUAAAAAAGGAGAAAUUUGCAUUCAAGAUGGUUGGGAAGGGGUUAAAAGUGGCUUUGUUCCAAAUAUUGUGCAUUCUUCGGAAGAAGCAGUAAAGCCUAUGAAACAAUGUCUUUGCUGAAUUCAGAAGCAGCUCCAAAAUGGGUAUGAGUAGAUCACAUAUUUGUUUUAGGACAAAUACCAACAUUAAAAGCAAAGUGAUAGUUAUGGAAGCAUAAAAAUCAUUGAUUUGCCUGGGUCACUAAUCAUUGUUUUUGCAUUCUUUUAUAAGAUAUUUAAUUUAAAAUACUAAGGCAGUAAUAUAAUAAUAGUUAAAGCAGAAAAUAUAUUAUUUUGAAGACAUUAAUAUUUGUAAACAAAAGUACAAUAUUUACUUAGCAAGUGAACAUAUCAAAGAUUUUGACUAGGACUAAAACAAAAGUCCAUUUUCAAGGGACCAGAUUUUUCAUGCAUUCCUAUGUUUUAACAAGUAUUGAAUGUGAAAAAAUUAUAUAUUAUAUUAAUAUUAUUUUCCUUUAUUGGUUCACUGCUUCUGAAAUAAAAUUUUUAUGUUUUAUAGAGAUAACUGAGAUUACAGUCAGAAUAUUAUAUUCCCAAUAACUUUAAAGAAAGGAAAUUAAAGAAUUAUUCAUAAGCAAACAUUUUGAUAUGAUAAUAAUAAUAUAUUUUAAACUUCCCCACAUUUUUGAAAUCAUAGAUCUACCUGGAAAUUUCAAAGAGAGGAAAUUCAAUUGAUCCAGAUUCAGUUUGUUGUCUGACUUGUCAGUGCAAGCAAAUCUGAGAGGCAGUAGGGCGGAAUGGCUUGAGAGCUAACCUGGGAGUCGGGAGAACUUAGAGUCAAGUCUUGCCGCUGACAUAUACUGGCUGUGUGAUCCUGAGCAAGUCAUUUAAUUUCUUAAUGUACUCAGUAACUGUUCUAAAAACUGCAGAGAAACUAGCAAUCUGCAUUGAGAGAGGAAGUUCUUAAUAGGAACCACCUGGACUGGUAAAGUACAAUUUAAAAAGAAAUGAAAUAUAAAAUAUGUUGGUCAUAAGUUCUAGUUGAGUGAACUUUUAAGCUUAAAAAAUAUUUAUCAUUAGGUCCAAGAAGACUUCAUUUCUUCAACAAGGAUGUAGAGAGGGGUAUUCUAAUAAAAUACUAUAUCAAUACUGCAAACUAAUUUGUAGAAAAGGAAACUGUUUAAAACAUUUGCCAUUCAAACCUUCCAAUAUCAUUAGUGAAAGUUGCAGGAAUUUUGAUGUGUAUAUGUGUCACACAUACACACACGAAACAGUUACUUAGUUGUCUUCUUGUAGCUCAUUUCCAAUAAGUGCAUUUUAAUCAUAAUUAGAAAUUUUUUACUUUACUGCAUUUUUUACAACCAUUUCUACAGUUAACUAGAAAGAAGUGACAAGUAAAAAUUACUUCUUUUAGCAAUCCUAAUUGCAUUAUUGUUAAAUCACAAGUUAUUUUGUAUAUUAAGUAUUUCUGUGCAUAUUAUCAAAAAAGUUGAGAAUCAUGUUUUCUCCUAUUUUUUUUCCCAAUCUCUUCUUCCUCUGCCUUCCCUUUCCUAUAGAAAGUCCUUAUUGGUAACCCUCAUUGAGUUUCAUAUAAUUAGAGAAUUCCUUGGCACUGAGGCUUCCCCUCUGACUCAGCCUUCCUGUACUGAAAAACUGCUUCUUAGUAGUAGAAGUGAUUGGCAGAAAAUCCCAAGAGACCUUCAGUUUAAUUAGAAGCCCUGGCUGGGACAUAUAUUUAAAUCAUUGAACCACUUGACUAAAUUAUUGCAGGUCUUCAUCUUUAAAAGUUUUCUUAAGACCACAACAGGGUUUUUCCUGACAAGAACUCUUUCUAAACAAUUCCACUGGGGGUUUUCCCAACUAGUUUCCAUCUUGUCAGUGUAUCAAUUAAGAGGGACUGAUACCCAUUGACAGACUCUUUAUUAUGGUGAAUUAUCAAGCAAAAGAUAGCUUUUUUUCUAGGCCAAAUUAUCUAGAUAAUUGCCUCAAUUAUCUAUUCCUCUUUGCUAGUACAGAUAUAGUAUAUAAAUGUAUUAAUACUAAUUCAUUUUUCUUUAGAGGUUGAGUUUUUUUUUCCUGUCUUCAAGAUCUGUAUUUAUGUAUUUGUACACACUUUGUAAAUUUUCUAGGCCUAUUUAAGUAUUCUUUUUAUAAGGGCUUAUAGAGAGAAAGGAACAUGAAUUAAAAUGUAACAAAAAAUUUUGAAAAUCUCUAUAUCUACAUUCCAUUGAUAUAUAUAAAUUAAUUAUGGUUGAAGAUACGCUUUGACCACUUACAAAACUGAAUAUUUAAGAAAAAUACAAGACCAGAAAAAUGGAAAGUAAAUAUAGUUCAAUCUAUUUUGAAUAUUAUGUGAUUUUAAUUGUAUAUUCAAGUAAUUUACUUGGUACAAAUUCAUAUAUUGACUCUCUAUCAACAUUUGAAAUUGAUGAUGUCAUCUCAGUGUAUACUGCAGAGGUCUAAGUUUCCUUAGAUGAGCAGCCAAAAUACCAAAGUGCUUUUGAUAUAUAGUAGAACGCUGACUUAGAUAAUGCUGACUUAGAACUGGAUUAAUGGCUAUGACGUAGGAUGACAUUUAGAACAGAAACAGAAGCUCUAAUCUUUGAGAACAUCUAAUCCAACAGAUAACGGAACCGAGGCCUUGACAGCUCAAGUGCCUUGUUCAGGCUCACACAUGGUUGUUAGUUAGUAGCAAAGCCUGGAUAAAAUCCAGUGGUGGAAAGUACCCUUUGAUUCUACCAUGCUGUCUCUUGUGGGACGGGAUGUGGCACAUGAUAUAUCUACAACUGUGCAAUGACAAGCAGGUUAGAAUAAGGUUAAAUUAUAUGUUGAUAUAAAAGGGGAACACUUAUAGUCAAACAGUAAUAUACAAUAUAAUCUAAAGAAAAGAACUGAGAAUUCCAGUUCUAAUUCACUUCUAUACGAGAUAAGCCUAAUAAACUUAGUUGUGUGGAAAAUGCUCUUUUCUUAAAUAGCAUUAGUAUGAAUGUGGUCAGUAGGGUCAUGCCAGAGAAUCUUUCUGGUUCAGACAAAUUACUUUGCCCAGUGGUUUCUUGGAAGUCAGCCAAUUCAUUUAAAAAAAAAUUUAAACGAUGACGUCUGAUUACUAAAUGUCAUAGAUCAACGAGAAAGGAAAGAAGGAAAGAAGGAAGGAAAAGAUAGAUAUUCUGGUAUUACCUAUGUAAUAGGUACACUCCCUGGGAAAUAACUGCUUAUAUGGGGAUACAUUAACUCAGACCACUAUGGGAGCAUUUAAUGAUGUAACAAUUUAUUAAUAAAUGGUAUAUUUGAGCCAAAAUGAUUAUACAUUGCUGUAAAGAUUUGUAAAUAUGGCCCUUAAAAAUCUAUAUGCAUACUUAGUAGCAAGAAAGGUUUCUUAAACUUCUCAAAAAAUUUAACAAUUCAAAAUUUCUUAUAAACAUAUUGUACGGUUUCAAAAAACCCUUUACCUCAAGCAUGCCUUGAGUGGACUUCAUUUUGGGAGGUGAGAAGUGAGUGCUGGUGAAAAUAGUUUUUUUCUAUUUGGGUUAAAAUAACAGGUUCCUAAAACAAAGACUUCAUCUAAUUAUUCAACCUUUGAAUAAUUAUAAUAUCAAAGGUUUGAAUUCACAAGACUAGCAGUCUGACAAGAGGUUUGUUGUUGUUUUUUGGUUUUUUUUAUUCCAGCUUUCAUAGUGCUUUUGGAACACAUUCAACUACAGACUCUUCAUUUACUUGAAACUGUAAACUGUAUUGAACUGAUACUCUGAGUGUAUGAAGUAAGAUGUUGCAGGCCUGUAACAGUCAUACACCAGUACAUAUCCUGGCUUUUUAUUAACAAAGAACUGUGCCUUCAGUUGUUUAGUUAUGCAGAGGGCAUAUGCAAGCUUGAGGCAUAUGCAGGCUACUUUAACCACUAUAGAGUUAGGCCCUACUAUUUUAAAAUAAUGAAAUGCAAUACCAACUAUAAGCCUAUUGGCAUGAAACUUCACAUAUGUAAGUUGUCUCCUCUUCUUCAAAAACCUCCUCAAAAUUUAGUUCAUUCCAGAAACCUUCACUUGUUAAGUGGAAGUGAGCUGCAACUCUCCAUUGGACCCUAAAAUAACUAGCAAACUACACCUCUGAGCCCAAAAGAAAAUGCCAAAAGAAUAAACUGUAUCAUAUCUGAUAUUUUCAUUUCAACAGUCUUAAUAAUUGCUACAGAGCAACAUGAUUGAUUCAGCUAUGACAAUCAAUACUAAUAAUGAACCAGACAGAAAAGAAUAAAUUACCCACAUGAAAGGAAAGGAACUAAAAUACAGAAUAAUUAAAAAUAUUAGCAUUCUUGUUUGUUUGAUCUCCGUUAGAUUAUAAGGAGAAUUCAUGUCUUCUCUUCAGUAGUGCCUAGGAUAGUGUCUUACACGUAUAGACACUGAGUUAAUGCUUGAUCUUAAUGACUUUGAACCAACACUAUUAAAUUCAGUUUCCACAGAUUCAGUUUUCAUUGCAGAUAUCCUGUAAUAAAAGAUGUUUUGCCAUAGCUAAAUUUUAGCAUUUUUGGAAGAUGAUAGUUGACUGAAGAGAAUUACUAAGAGAACAUAUGGUAUUAAAUCUCUUUGAAAUGUGUUGUAAAUGUCAUUUGUAAAAAAAAAGUUAAUAAAAAGAA